ACAUAUACUUGCUUUCUUCUUCAGGACUCAGACCUUGAGUUGGGACUUGAAACGCCAGACAUGCUGUUCGAAUGCUUUCUGGAGCGCGCUCAAGGGCUUCCCAUCAACUUGGAGCUAUCGGUCGCGGAUAAAUCCAAUUUUCACGAAUUCCCCUACGAGAUAUUUUCUUCCGCAAGCCAGUGGGUAGCGGCAGACCUUUCUCCAUUCAAACCUUCUGUGUAUAUCACACCCGGGCCGUUGAUGUUCGAUAUCGUUUCCUUCGACUCCUCAUGGGCACUCGACUUCCCCCAUCUCGAAACCUUGACUUUCAAUGUAUGGACAUCGGACCUGACCGAUUUGCCAGUGACCCCAUUGCCGUUAUUCCAAGAUGCAUAUCGUCUCCGAGAGCUGACCAUCCGCUCCCCAAACCACCUUUCCCUGUUCUCUUUCCCGGCCCACCAAUUGCGGAAACUCACGAUCCUUGACGGCCGCGAUAGACCGCUGAGCAGCGAAGUUUGGGAAAUCUUGCCCAGCCUGGUCGGAGUGGAGGAUCUCACGCUCCCCUCGCUUGAAGAUGACAUGGAGCUCGCUUUGACCGCACAUCUGGGCUUUGAGAGCAGGAUAGCAAUGCUCCGCUUGUCACGCCUGAGACUGUUCGACACCAGCAGCCUCCUCUUACCGCAUCUAUUCUUGCCGUCUCUCGGAACACUUCAACUCCGGGAGCCGCUAUCCAGCUUAGACUACAUGCUGGUCAAAGAUUCGGUCCCCGGCAUCGUCUCCUUGUCUCUCGAGUCUAGCAGCAUCACCUUAUUCAGCAAUGUCCUCGAGUCCCCGCUCGCCCGGCUCAAGCACCUGACGGUCACUGCAUUUGACAUGGACCCGUCUGCCGCGCGAUGGUGCACAACAGAUCUUGGAAACCUCCGCAAUCUCCCAAACCUUGAGUCGUUUACCCUCCGCAUCACGCCAGACUCUACGACGACCAUAGGCUCGAUCCUCCGCCCAUUCAUCGACGGUAUCACCAUGCGAGCCAACAAUACGGACGCUGCAGGCGCUACGGACAUGAAACUUAUUCAGUUCAGUCUUGACUUCGCGCCCAGACAACGCAAGUGA